CUUCAGAUAACUAUAUUCUGGAAAAUAACAUUAUUCUGAUUAUACAUACAAUAUACUUUCAAAACGGUACCUUAUAAUCUACUAUAUAUAUGUAUAUAUGAAAAACUAAUGAUCUUUACAUGUUAUUUUCUAUCUAUUUAAAUAAAAUGGCUGCUUAAUAUUACAAUUUCUAUCAUUCCUACAUCCGUUCCAUCUAAACCCCAAUUACCCAAAAUAAGAGAAUUAGCACACAUACCUGUAAUACUGAAGUAGUAUAACUGGAACAAUUCCCUGAAAAUAACCUAACUAGAUUUGGAAAAUAAAGUUAAACAAUUUGAUUGAAGAUAUCAAAUUGUCCUUACACUUCGAAAUCUAUCUAAUGUCUGAUGUCUAAAGUGAGGUUCAGAUAAAAAGAAAACUUGCUUGUAACCAAGGGAGUAGAAUUGUACUCACCCCAAGAUUUGGGCUCUAAGAAAACAGUACAGGUUAACAAGCCAAGUUAAAGGAGAGAUGUUAUUAUAGACCAGUUGCAAUUAAAAUUAGUGUCAGUUUGUUAGUUUAAAGGUGCACUCUCUCAAUACACUAUAUUACUUGACAUAAUAAAACCUAUAAACAUAUUAAAAUUCCGCUUCGCUACAUUAUAAACACAAAGAAGGCAGGUGGACUGAUACUCAACUGGCGAUAGGCUAAACUUUUGUCAGUGAGUUUGUGACUUUAGUAACGGAUUCUUAUCGGAGUUUACGAGAGUCUAUUUAAUUAUGGAUUCCGUGAUCUGACGAGGCUGCCCGAAUCGUUCUAGCCACUAGGAGAAAAUUGUUCAAUAACAUGAGGACAGGUUCACUGAUACUAGUACUAUAGUGAUAGUGAUAACUGAUUCGACAUUCACUACAUUACCAGUGGCGGUACAUCAGAUCACAUAUAUAAUAUUAGUUACUAUACUUGUAACGUUAAACUGUGUUUAACGUUACAAUUGAUACAGUCUAAGAAUCCUUACGCAAGUUCAAAUAGGUUCAACCGCACAAUUGUCAACACAUAUCAUUACAGUUUGUAUUGGAAUAAGUAAUUCUAUGACAAAUAUUGAACAGUUUUUCUUUAUGGUUAUGCGUUCUACAUUUGCAUAGCGAUGUUUCUUGUAAUGACGUAUUACACAAGCCGCCAUGACACCAGCCGGUUGAAAUUUCGCGUAGCAGUUGGGUUUCAUCAAAUCAUAUAAUUAUGCGGGUAUUUACUGAUAAAAUGGCAGGAAAACCAGAAUCAAUAUUCAGUCAACUUUACAGAUUAACUAAAAAUAUAGAACUAGGAACAAGAGAAAUACAACAAAAAGUUGAAGAUAAAAAAAGAAACUUUCAGGAUGAUGAUAAUGAUAAAGCUGUACAAAUAUUACAGGAGAAGAAAUCACAAGUUAAACAACUAAAGACAGAUGCAAAUACAACCUUAAAAAGUUUGAGUUCUGGUGGAAAUAACUUUAAUCAGGUUCUGACAGCGUGUCAAACAUUAAUAGAAAAUCAAAGAGAAGAGUUAAAUAAAAUAGAAUCUUAUCUUUCCAACUAUGGCUAUGUUGGACCAGUGUUAGAAAAAGAGAAAGAUGAAGAAGGAGAUGAGGAGGCAGAGGAUAAAGAAGAAACAGAAGAUAUUGAUUCGAUAUCUGAGAACAAAAAGACCACAGCAUCAGAAAUGAUUAAUACACCCCCACCUAAUACCAAGAAAUCAGCAUCUAGAACACCUAGAAUGGAAGAUUUUGGUAUAAGUAAUUACGGUCUACAAGCAAUUUCUAGAAUGGCACAAAAUAAACCGGUAACUGGACGCGAUACGAGAGUAAAAGUAACAGAUCGAGAUAACAUAAUGACUCCAACUACAAAUCAUUGUAAUCAAUCUGUACCUAGUGUUUUCCACCAUGAUGGUUUUACUGUUACACCAAGUAUUAUGGACUUGUCACAAUGGCCGCUCUAUACACCUGAUAGCUGUUUACCCACGGCAAAUUGUAAGAAAAAUAUAUAUGAUCAACAUGCAAACAGCCCUUCAGUCUUUGCAACAGAAGCUACAGAUAGUCCUCUUUCUCCAGUCUUCAGAACACCAGCUUUUAAACAGAUGCAUCAUAAAUUAAAAGAAUCAGAACAUCAUAAAAUACCUCAACCAUCAUUUGAACAAAGAUUUGAUAGUCCUGUUCCUCCAGUGCUACAAACACCAGGAAUGAAACAAAUAAAGAAGGGUUUAGAUGAUAGAGUUGAAGUAGACAACUCAUAUAUCAGUAAUUAUAAUACGGCUAGUAUAACUGCUGAUGAUGAUGAGGAACCUGAACCUCCUGAGUUAACUAUGACAUUUCAGGAGCUGACUGAGUUGAACACUAUAUAUAAAUAUAAUACCACAGUCACUGAACCAAAAGAACCAGUUUCACUCACACAAAAAUUAGGACAUAAAAUAGAAAACAAGACUCCCCCAGUAUUGGAGUUAUUAUCAACAAGAUUAAAUAAGAUGGGUAUAAUGCCAGAUGCCUCACCAUGUAAAGGUGAUCUACCACCACCACCACCAAUGUUGUUUGGUAAAUACAGGUUUAGUCAGAAUCAAGAAAAUCUUCCACCUCAUUGAAGUCAUUUUAUUUAUGUACAUAUAUUGUAAUAACUUCAUUUAUUCCUACAAGUUAACCUAUUUGACCACCCCUCUUCAGAAUAAAUAGAUAUAACAGGGUAAUAGUAGGUAUAUACUGUAAUACUAUAAUUUAUAGUCAAGUGGCAGAUAAUGACUAUAUUCUUAUUCAGAUUUACUUGUUGAAAAAUAGGCACAAAUGGCAUCCAUAGUACUCGUUUGAAAAGAUUAAUUUUCUGCACGAUAUUCUGAUCUCCAACAGUAAAGAUAUCUUAUUAUCGGACCAAUCUCAAUUAUAUUUUGGAGAAUAAAACUGCUUAAAAUCCUCUACCUUAUGGCCGAGCACUGUAUAGACCUCCAAAGGAUUAUCAGGUCACCAAACGAAAAAAUUUACCUAAAAUCUUAAAAGGGUUACGUGUCCGGAUAAGCGGUUUUGAUGUUCACGCCCAAACAACUCAAUAUUUUGAGCUGAAAUUUUGAGACAAGGUAAAUACACCAUUCUUCUGUAUUUUGGUGCUUAAAUUUCAUACGUACAUGGACUUUUAUUUUUGAGACUCUGUUCAAAUUGGGAUAGUCCCUUUAAAUGAUUAUUAACAAUGUUGAUCUAUUGAUUGAUACCAAUAUGUAUUAAAUAGCAUCAGAAUGUGUGCUGAGGUUAUAAGUAUGUUAACGGCCAAAUAUUUCAUAGAACAGAAAAUAGACAACACAAUUAAAAGUUAACAUAGAUAUAUAUUGUAUAGAAUAAUAUCACAUAAAUUAAUGAAAAAAAGUAAACAACUAUUUUGCAAUGUUAAAAUGAGCAAGUGUUUGUAUAAAACUAUGAUAAAAGUGUAAAUUAUGCAA